GCUCGACCCGGCAAUGGCGGGCGAGAUUCGCCGGCUGCGCGAGGAGUUGAAGGCGUCGCAAAAGCGAGAGGCCGCGCUGCGCGACGAGCUCGAAGCGUCUCAAUUCCAGUCGGGAUCGAUUGCCGGAAAGAAGCUGGUGCAAAAGUGCCGCGAGCUCCAGUCGGAGAACGAGCAGCUCGGCAAGGACGUGAGCGAGGGGCGGAUGCAGCAGCUGCGUGCCGAGGUGGGAAUGCACAAGGACUAUGCGAGCGAGCAGCGCAAGUCGAUAGGCGAGAUGCGCGAGUGGAUCGAGCAGCUGAGCGACGAGCUAGAAGUUGCGCAGGGCACCAUAUUCUCCUUGCGGCGCGAGCUCAAGGACGAGAAGGCGAUGCGCGAGAGGUCCUCGCGCGAUUGACCGCGUGCCUGCCUGCCCCUCGCCCCGACCGGGAGCAACCGUAAAUGAGCCGUGAGAUUGUCCCUCUUUUGAUCGAAGAAACCCGAACGCGCGGAGCUGCCCGCAUCUUUGAUUUUCUGUGUGAGUGUUGAGGUGAUGCGACGCUCCACCACACCCGCCCAUCAUGCCUGCAUCAUUCCUGCACGGUCGCUCUGCCCGGUCUGUGGUCGCGGGGCGUGUGGGGCGAGAUCUGACAUGGCGGCGCGCUUGAAUGAGCGCCUUCGAUCGUCUCGCGGCGACUGCUCGCAGGCCGGGCGGCCAGAAACUGUGCCAAGCAGCCAUCCGCCGAAGCGAGCGCGCCGGCGGCGGUCCGCCCGCCGGUGGGGAAACACCCAAUCUCUGC